AAAUCGACGUAUUUUCAAUAAAUGAAUUGUUAUCCUAUAUAAACUAACGCCAAGCGGCGUUGAUCAUGAUCACCUAAUAUAUAAGUUGGCAAUUUCUGAAACAGUUAAAACUUAUGAGAAGCACCAUCUUCAGCAUGCCCUCUCUUUCGCCGCCGUUAACCUCCACAGACGCUUCCAUUAUUGCCACUAAACCUUAUCAGAACAACUCUUAUCCUCAGAAUCAGCUUAGCAACCCCCGUCCGUGGGCUCUGCAGCGUUUCUCUCCGUCUUCACGCUGGAGACUUUCGCUUCUCCAUUCAGUUUCUGAUCAAACAUUCAUGGCGGAAAAGCUCAGUGAUGAUAGCAUACUCUCUGUCAAUCCUAAACCCUCCAAGUGUUUUUCCUCUAAGCUUAUCGAUCUUCUUGAGUUACUCGUUGUCAAGCUCAUGCACGAUGCUUCUCUCCCUCUGCGCUACCUCUCCGGCAACUUCGCUCCCCUCCGAGACGAAACUCCUCCGGUCAAGGACCUCCCCGUCCAUGGCUUUCUUCCCGAAUGCUUGAAUGGUAUAUUUCGUAGAGUUGGUCCAAAUCCCAAGUUUGAUCCACUCGCUGGAUAUCACUGGUUUGAUGGAGAUGGAAUGAUACAUGGGGUACGCAUCAAAGAUGGGAAAGCAACUUACGUUUCUCGAUUCGUUAAGACAUCACGUCUCCAGCAGGAAGAGUUUUUCGGAGAUGCCAAAUUGAUGAAGAUUGGGGACCUUAAGGGUUUUUUCGGAUUGGUUAUGGUCAUUAUGCAACAACUGAGAAUUAAAUUGAAAGUAUUGGACGACUCUUACGGAAAUGGAACUGCUAAUACAUCGCUCAUAUAUCACCAUGGAAAGCUUCUAGCAUUGCAGGAGACGGAUAAGCCGUACGUUAUCAAGGUUUUGGAAGAUGGAGACCUUCAAACUCUUGGCAUGACAGAGUAUGACAAGAGAUUGACCCACUCCUUCACUGCCCACCCAAAAGUUGACCCUGUUACGGGUGAAAUGUUUACAUUUGGGUGUUCGCCUAUGCCACCUUACCUCACAUACAGAGUGAUCUCGAAAGAUGGCAUUAUGCAUGACCCAGUCCCAAUUACUAUCUCAAAGCCAAUAAUGAUGCAUGAUUUUGCUAUUACCGAGAAUUACGCAAUCUUCAUGGAUCUUCCUAUGCACUUCAGGCCAAAGGUAGAAGAGAAACUCAUCUUCAUCUUUAGCCUGAUGAAUAUGGAUGUGGCGGGUUAUGAUUUCUCGCUUGUCCCUCGUUUGAAUCAGUCUUCUUUCCUAAUACUUCCUCCUAUAUGGAGUGAAUUGGAAGAACAAGCUUCGUUGGUAUUGCAAGGAUCUUCCUCCCAUCGAAUGCUCUUCUCUGCAUAUGGUGCAGUGUGUGUGGUCUUACGGGUUACACUAGAUGCAAUCUUUGAAGUAGCUUAUGACGUUUUUGUGAUACGAUCUCAUAUGUUUGCUUUUUGUGAUUUGUGUCGCCAUUCUAUCUUUUAUGUUUUUGUUGGUGUUGUUUGGUUGGCUGUCAAUAGCCUCUUUGUAUCCUCCUUUAUUGGAGUGUAAACAUUUUUAAUAUCAA